CUUCACUCUAUUUUCCGUGAGAAAACUGUUGGCAUAUCAGAAGACAAGGAGACUGAUUUGAGGAAGAGAAACCUACAAAAGAGAUUCUUGGCUCUUGUCUUUGGGGUUCCUAAUCAACUGAAGGGAAUGAUCUCAGUACCACUAACUAAGGUUCUUGCUUUUCUCUUUAACAUAUUACAUCUUUUCUGAUUGUACACUUGCUCUUUUUCUUUCCCUUUUUUAGAAUUUCAUCUAUAAUUGAUUUGUUGUAGUUCGCCUCGUUUCUAAAAGUUUUUCCACAUUACUAUAAAGAACAAUUUUAUAUUGUUUGUCCAUAUGAGGAUAUAUACUCUAUUAAGAUAGUAUUUGUUUCCUCAAUGUCCAUAGUUGGUAUACUAACAUUAAUGACAUGAUUUACAUUAUCUUCACGAACUCUCAUAUUAUGUCACAAAAUUCUCAAAGUUCAUCAUUAUCAAAGUCAAUAAGCUAAUUCACCAAUCACGAACCUCAUACUAAUUUACCCUUCUUCCAAAAUCUCAUUAAUACUCUAGUUGGUGAAACACGAAGAAACACCUUAUCAUCAACUUGAAACUCGAUAGGUCUACGCACCUGAUUCUCAUACUUCUAUAAUACUUACUAUUUCCUACUACAAGUCAACUGAAAUCAUCACGAAGUCUGAACACUAUUCAGCAAUUCAAACUGUAAGCCUUAAUCAUCUUCUUAUGUUCAUUCCUAGGCAUUACCAACACUAAUGACAUGAUGUAAUUUAUCUUCACGAACUCUCAUAUUAUUUCCCUAAUUAUCAAUGUUCAUCAUUAUCAAAGUCAUUAAUUUACCCUUCUUCCAGAAUCUCAUUACUGCUCUAGUUGGUGAAAACCGAAGGAAGACCUUAUCGUUAACUUGAAGGUUGAUAGAUCUAUGUCAUUUAUUUGCAUAGCUCUUUUGUCAAUUCAAAGAACUCAAAUCCCAAACUUUUAUAAUACUCACUAUUCCCUCCUACAAGUUAACUUCAAUCAUCACGAAGUUUGAACACUAUUCAACAACUCAAACUAUAAGCCUUAAUCAUCUUCUUAUGUUCAUUCCUGGGCAUUACUAACUCUAAUGAAAUGAUGUAAUUUAUCUUCACGAACUCUUAUAUUAUUUCACCAAAUUAUCAAUGUUCAUCAUUAUCAAAGUCAUUAAUCUACUUCACUAAUCCGCUCAUAUUAUUUCACCAAAUUAUCAAUGUUCAUCAUUAUCAAAGUCAUUAAUCUACUUCACUAAUCCGCUCAAAAAUCUCCUAGGUUCCCAUGAACCUUAGACUAUUUUACCCUUCUUCAAGGAUCUCAUUACUGCUCUAGUAGGUGAAACAUGAACGGACACCUUAUCAUCAACUUGAAACUCGAUAGGUCUAUGCCAUUGAUUUGCAUAGCUCUUUUGUCUCAAAGUAUAAUAAUAACAAAGUCUAAACACUUUUCAGCAACUUAAACUGUAAGCCAUAAUAAUCUAUAUUAUGUCUCAAAAUUAUCAAAGUUCAUCAAUCUCAAAGUCAAUUGUAAUCAUCACAAAGUUUGAACACUAUUCAGCAAUUCACAAUAAGCCUUAAUAAUCUUAUGUUUAUUCCUAGACUCUACUAACGCUAAUGACGUUAUGUACUUUAUCUACAUGAACCCUUAUAUUUUGUCACAAAACUAUCAAUGUUCAUAAACAUCAAAGUCGAUAAUUACGGGUUGAGAAAUAAUUUAAUCAAAUGAAUGGAGUAGGAUUUUUAAUUUGAACGUCUAUUGGUUCAUGUUGGGGAACUAAACCCCUUGGAGAUAUUACUGUGAAGGUUUUUGUAAGAAAAUUUGGUACAAGGGAAUAGGAAUUGUAAUACUUUAAUAUGAGACUUUAAAGAUUAGAUUUUAACAACAAAAAAAUAUUUAUGCCUUGUUUGUCGUGUUAGGGGCUUGGAAGGAAGAGAUGAAAAUGAAAGUCUCAACUAAAAUACCAUCCUUCUCAAGACAUUUUUAGACGAUUAAAGACUUGGAACUUUUUUUAGACAAAAUUUCAUUCUCUUUCUCAAAUCCCACCUGCCAAGCACCCCCCUAAGUAAUGUACUUAAUUAUGAGAGAUGGGGAUAUUGGAUGAUGUGAACAAAUCUUUUUGAGGUAUUGUUUUGAAUUUGAUAGUGGGUUUAGGGAAUUCUUCUUGAUCGUUUAAUUUUUGAGGUUGUGUGGGCAGGUUAGAAGAGACAAUGUAGACGGCAACGCUGAUGCUUCCGAUUGCCCGUUGAAACGGGUAACCUUUGAUGUGUAGCUUUUAAAUCUUUGUUGAAAAGUUUCCAAUGUAUUAAUCUGAGUGGUAGUGUCAAGUUUUGGAAGGUGGGAGCUAAAGACGUGAUGAGGGAAGGAGAGCGGAUCUUUCUACCUAUAGGUGUUAUGGAACCACCUAUCAAGAAGCAGGAGUAUGAGUGUAGCGAAGAAGAAAUGAACUUCAUUCGUUGCCUUGAGAUAUAUAAGUCAGGAUUCUGCCAUAAUUGCUAUCAACAAACCCCCAAAACUGCCAGUACAGGAAAAUGACAGGGUGGCCUUGGGAUUAUAAAGAGUUUAGAUAAAUUGGCUGCCACAUGUCUAGAUAUGACAUCAAAGAACGUCCAAGAUCGGUUCACAGACUCGAUAGAGAUAGUAGUGGAAUCUUGGUGAUGGGAAGAACAGAAACAAGCACAGCAAUUCUUCACUCUAUUUUCCGUGAGAAAACUGUUGGCAUAUCAGAAGACAAGGAGACUGAUUUGAGGAAGAGAAACCUACAAAAGAGAUUCUUGGCUCUUGUCUUUGGGGUUCCUAAUCAACUGAAGGGAAUGAUCUCAGUACCACUAACUAAGGUGCUGUUAGAUGAUGGUAGGUCUGAACGAAUUACUAUUGCAGAUGGUGCUUCUUCAAGUCAGCAUGCUGUGACAGAGUUUAGAGUCAUUGAGACUUCAGCUUACGAUACUUUAUUAUUUUCAUAUGUAUUUUUAAAAAAUUUUUUUUCUUUAGUCACUAAUAAAGGGUAUACAUGGUUAGAGCUAUGCCCAGUCACAGGCAGGAAACACCAGCUUCGAGUGCAUUGUGCAGAGGUUCUAGGAACAGCUAUCGUAGGAGACUGCAAAUAUGGCCGGCAAGCUCAUCGGCAAUGGGAACCUUUACCGUCAAGCCUUGAUGAGGACGUUACUGAACCAAAGCUAGUACCCUUCGGCCUCAAUUUACAUUGUGGAAGCAUAUCCGAGAAGCAACCCCAUUUGCAUCUACACUGUAAGCAAAUGAUUUUACCCAACAAUUCUGUUGCUCUCGAUCAUGCUCUCGUGAUGUAGACUCUGAUUUGCUUCUUUUUUAUAAACAAAUUGAAUUUAUGUUAUGAUAUAUACCUACUGUAAAAUAUUAUCGAAUAUUAUUAUAAAUAUAUAUUUAUGAUCAAUCAUAUCUUUAUAAGCAUCAUAAAGACUAUCAUGUUUAAUUUAAUGAAAAUAUAUUUAUCUGCUUUACCCUUACAAUUGAUCUUGAACAAAACGGCUUCAUAAUGAGAUCAUCUUAUGGUUUUUAUUGGAAAAAAAGUAAUAGUUGCAACACACUUAAAAUUACAGCUUAAUUCCUUAAUAGUUACUCAUAAAGCUAGCAAUUACUCAUACAUUUACUUCCAA